CCGCCGUAUUCUACCGCUGCAACGGCCACCGCUACCACCACCACCACUGUGGUACUCUUCUCACCACUCACCGCACCUUGCUACGAUUCCUCUUUCGUCCUUGCUUCUUAUUUGUUUCGUCUUUAAUCUCACGACUUGCUGCUCUCUGAUCUUAUGUCGUUUAACGCUCCGCCUCUCCUUUGCCAUGCCCAUAUUCCAUGAUCACCGCGAGCAUCCAUCUCAAGCGCCCGAUUCUCGAUUCUCCCCUGCACCCGAGUGCCAGAUAGCAGAUUAUCCGGGUGAUGGCGUGAGAGGUGCUCUGCAGGACAAUACUUACUCACAUCAUGAAAUCGUAACUUCCUGUGUUUCUACCAUGGAGCCAACCUCGCCGAGUAAUGGUCGGCAAACACCCAUUCUCAACCGGGGAGACUUGAUUGAGCGGAUCAAGAGUGCAAACAGUCCCUCCUGGCCUCGCAGCCCCAACCAUGGAGCCCAUCCCGAAGCUACGUCAGAGCUACCACCGAUCUCGCGAGAGCGACCGAAGACACCUCUACUCCCCGCCGCUGAGAUGAAGCCUACCCGUGCUCUCAGCCCCGAUCUCUGGCGUGAACAUGCCUCAGCAGGACUCGAGAUAGAACGGCCGCGUUCUGCUCUACACUCGGGAGAUUUUAGAGAGAAAAAGGAAGAGGCAAUCCUACGGACAGAGCCCUCGUCCUCAAGUUCAAUACUGUCCACCUCUCCGGUCGCUCCGUGGCACCAUGCUUUUCCUGCUUCGGCGAUUCCAAUAAAGCAUGCCGAAUCUCACUUCUCCUUCGGUGAAGUACUUCAAUAUGACUCACGGCCAACGUCGCGGUCCCGAGCAACUUCACAAUCCUCAUUCUCUUCUUCUUUUGUGUUGAUGCCACCAACAAGCCCACUAGCACAACAAUCGAACAAUGCGGAUCUGGAUUUCUCAUCUCGCCCGGUGUCCAGGCAAUCGUCUCGAAGCCCUGAACGGAACAACCGACGUCACACCUUCUCUCCCCACUCAUUCCAGACCUUUCGUUCUAUGCGAGCGGCAAACUCUACCUCAAACACCCCCGUACCCCGGCACGUGAGGAGAGAGGGCACAUUCCCAUACCAAGCUCACCAGCCACGGCGAUCACUCACCUCGAUAAACCAUUUCCAGCCUCAUUCAAGUCCGCAGACGCCAUUGAUACAAUCCCGACGACCGUCCUUUUCUUCCGACUCUCCCCUACACCAUGCACCUAUGGUUGGUUCUUAUGAAGAAUCAAUACUACGGGGGAGAAUGUCAACCACCCCAUCUCGUCCACUUGAUUUUGUCGCACAAAUCGGUGUCCUUGGUAGGGGACUGUGUAAAUCAAGCCUUCGUUGCCCACCUCACGUGACGGUUCCUUUUCCUGCUGUUUUCUAUAGUUACAGUGGCGAGAGCAGCAAAAGUGUCAAUAACUCACCUAGUCCAUACGUAGGUCUGAUUGAUCUUGAGAACUCUUUACCGCCACAGGAUGAGGGGUUGGAGAGCAAACGGAAACGAAGACAUGUUGGUCCUAACCCGGAUCAUGAAGACGCUGAACCGCAGCCUACACAAAGGGACAGUGUGAAUCUAUCAAAGGAAGGGAUUCGAAAGAGAGAAAAGAAGAAACGAAGAUCAACAUCACCGAAAGCACCCCCUGGUGGAAGCUAUCGCAUUCCUCAGCAAGGUCAACUGCAAAUUGUUAUCAAAAACCCAAACAAAACAGCCGUCAAACUUUUUCUGGUACCUUAUGAUUUGACGGAUAUGGAACCUGGACAGAAGACUUUCAUCCGUCAACGAAGUUAUUCUGCUGGCCCUAUUAUCGAUAUGCCUUUAACGUCUCGCAAGAACCUGGGUACCGACCGCCCCGAAGCAGCUUUGAGUACCUCCGACGAUCCCAACGAUCGACCCAUUCUCCGUUACCUCAUCCAUAUCCAUAUCUGCUGUCCUUCAAAAGGACGUUAUUAUUUAUACAAGAGUAUUCGCGUCGUUUUCGCCAACCGUGUUCCAGAUGGGAAGGAGAAACUACGCAACGAAAUCCAACUGCCCGAGCCGCGUUACAGCACGUACAAGCCGUCGCGAGAUUCACUGGCGCAACAAGCCCCAUCAACAGCUGCUGUGCAGCUGACUGCCGAAAAAGCAUAUAGACGUCGUAGUGCAGCCAUGUCGCUUUCCCACCAAGUCUCCGCUCGAUUAGACGGAUCGGGUCAGCGCCCUCCGUUACCUCCUCCGGCUGUAAAGUUGACCGGCGGAAGUGCGAGUUUUGGCCAUGAGUUCAGCUCGCCCAUGUCGGCGUUCGAGCCAAUCCCAUUUAAUCUGGCACGCAAUCCAUCGAUUGAUUCUCGCCCAGUUUCCAGAUCUGCCAUGGAUAUCGAUUCAGACAGCCCCUUCCAUUCUCGAACCAAUACCAUGUCUCCGGUAUUACAAGCCACAAGUCCCGAACAAACACCGGAGAUGUUCGAGAAGCUAAACCGAGGCGAUGUAGGCUAUGGUGGAAACGCUUGGGUUACAAGCCCACCCAGUUCGCCCGGACCAGGACUGCUGGCGAGAAAACUACGCGGUCUCGAUGUGCAGCCCGACGAGGGAAGUGGGUGAUUCGGGCGAUUUAUAUUCAUUCGACACUUAAUAUUUCUGAUAACAUAUAUCUUUAUACCCGUCUGAGGAGUUUUUAGUACAUGUCGCUGGGAAGUGGACAGGGCUGGUUUAGGGUCUGACACCUAUUUCCCUGAUCCAUCAGCGUGAAGAUAAGGGCGCAUACUAUAUUUUCUCAUUUGGAGGUGCAAAUAUUCACACAUACAUACCAAUACACAUACCCAUACAAUCAUG